AUGAAUUUUGAGUUCAUGGUGAAGAAGUCUGGGACCGAUGUUUUUUAUGCAACUUGCAGGGGUUCAGAUUGCAAAUGGAGAGUGAGGGGGAGGAAGAGGGCACGUUGUGACAUGUUUGAGGUUACUGUAUUCCACAACGAACACACAUGUAGCCUGGAUUCUAGACAUGCUGAUAACCGUCAAACAGCACCGUGGGUUGUUGGCCACCUCAUUAAGAACAAGUUCAAAUCAGAUGGAACUAAGUACAAAGCUAAAGACAUACAAAGGGAUAUGUUUCAGGAGUAUGGGAUCAAGAUGAGCUAUGAGAAGGCUUGGAGGUGCCGAGAGAAGGCACUUAUGUAUUCGAGGGGUACGCCAGCAGCAGCUUAUAGUCAGUUACCUGGUUACUUUUACGUGCUGGAACAGAAGAAUCCAGGUACUAUUACAGACAUUAUCACAGAGGAGAACAGGUUCAAGUACUGUUUCUGGUCACUGGCUGCUUGUAGGAGGGGAUUUAAGUUUUGUCGUCCUGUGAUUAGUAUCGACGACACGUUCUUGAAGACAAGGUUUGGGGGCACAAUGCUAGUUGCUGUAGCGUACGAUGCAAAUAACCAAUUGUUUCCGAUUGCCUUUGCAAUUGUUGACAGCGAGAAUCAUGACUCUUGGAAGUAUUUAUUGCAGAAGUUAAAGGAAGCGAUUGGGGAGGUUGAAAACUUAGUGUUUGUAUCGGAUAGGCAUCAAAGCAUUGAACAUGCUGUCGAGGUGCUUCGACAGAUGGAUCCUCCCAUUGCUGCUUAUGUUGACAAUAUAGGAUUGGAAAAAUGGGCUCGUCCUUAUUGUCUAGGAGACAGGUACAACAUCAUGACAAACAACGCUGCAGAAAGCCUUAACAACGUGACUGAAGAAUUCUGGGCAUAUCCAAUAACUAUUCUAGUUGAGUUCAUAAGGUUCACACUAAAAAAUUGGUUUGCUAACCGUCUCGAAAAGGAGACGUGGAAGAAUACUUACGAUGGAACAAUUAAUCUUGUGGGCGAGGAGGAUGAAUGGGUGCUUCCAGAACACAUGCAGAACAUGAGAAUCGGUGUACCAGUGGAGAAGAAACCUGUAGGUCGUCCAAGAAAGAGCAAUGCAGGAAGACUACGGACUAAUCGAUUUCCAUCGAACGGUCAAAAAGUCAAGGAACCACGCAAAUGUUCAAACUGUGCCGCAUUGGGACACAACAAAGCUACUUGCAAGACCAGGGUUUGA